CAUGUUACUUUGAUACAUUAGUAAUCGAUUAUUUCACAGACAUCAUACUUUCCUCGUACUUGCUUUUGUCAAAGUGAAAAUUUUCCUGAAAUUAUAUUUGAGUGCCAAAAUUGCAAUUAUGGUUGAUCCCUCUGUGCAUCGCAACCACCUCAACCUAUUUGGUUCUGAUAGCGAGGAAAGCUCAAUUGGCUCCGAUCCAGGCUUAUCUAUUGAUUUUCUUAAACGAAUGUCUUCGAGCUCCAGUGUUGAUGCGGCUGGGAGAUGUAUUGACGGAAAGCCGCAUCGAAGUCGCUCCCGUACACGCCGCCCAUCGAUCAACAGUGCAUUCAAUGUUGCUAGCCUCAAAAAUGAUAAGACGCUCGUGAAGAAUAAUUUGGAGACUGCAUUAUCAGAUAGCAGUUCUAGUCCCAGCUAUGUAACUGAAAAACAAGAAAAUAAACAGCUGUCUAAGUGCCCAAACACUUUUCCAUCUUCGAGCUUCCAGGGAAAUCCCUCUCCAGGCAAGAUUAUCCCAGAUUUGAAGGGAAUUCAAUCUCCGAUACGAUCUAGAUUGUCAGAAAGCUCCAACUCAGAUAGGGAAAUUGACGCAUUGUCCAAGAUAGAUGCAACUCCUUCGAUCAGCUUUCAGCCGCUUGCCACUAUCGUUGGCGAGGUUGAUCCCAUUGAUGAAAAGUUUAGGGGCCUUUUGGGAGAUAAGUUGACGGUGAAGUUCAAAGUCACUUUGCCAUCCCCAGCUAAUGACCUACUAAAGGGGCCGCAGCGUUUUUUACGAAUGCCCCAGUUUAUACCCGUCGAGUCAGGGCCAUACGACGCCCAGAAAUAUGAAGAUCAGAUGACUCCGGGUGAUUUAAAGGACGAACAGGCUCGCGGUGAUUUCGUAAACCGUAUGAAAACAACCGUUAGGUGGCGCAUAGGAAAGGACCAAGUCAAGGAAUCCAAUGCCAGGCUAAUACGCUGGUCUGAUGGCAGCGAGACGUUCCAUGUUGGCGAAGAAGCUUUCGAUGUGAUGCACCAUCCGGUGACCGACGACCAGAACCAAAUGUAUGUGCGUCUGGAGAGCUGCUACCAGACCCAGGGUGCCAUCACCGACAAAAUGACACUGCGACCGAAACUGGACUCUACCUUUGGCCAGACCCAUGUGCAGGGCAUGCGAAAUCGAGCUAUGAACCGACCGCAAACGGGCAGUGUUAAGAUCUUAAUGGACAUGGGUGCCAAUCCUGUCAAGGACCGCGAGCGUCGAAUUAAGGAAGAGAUGGCCCAGCUGCGUCGGGAGGAGCGCGAAAAGCGUCGCGACUUGCAGAUGAGCCAGAGGAAGCCUCGCAUAAAGCCCAUGCAUCAUUGUACUGCUGAUGAUUCCGACGAGCCGAACAGCGAUGAGGCGGACGCCAUCUCCAUUCUGGCAAUAAAGAAGGCAGCAUCCCAGGGUAUCCGAACCAAUCGCAAUGUGGACAUCAAGCCACAGGAGUUUAAAAAGGUGGCGGGGGAAAGCAAACGAGCUAAUUCCUACACCGAGGAUGAGCUUGACUUCGACGACGAUGCUUUGAAGGAUCCCAAGCCCAGCACUUCGAAGCCAAGAAAGGACACUGAGUCCGAUUCUGAUGACGGUCCCCAGCUCAAGAGCUUCAAGCGCAAAACUAAGCACGUUGUUUACUCAGAUUCCAGCUCGGACUAAAUAUAUGUUAACUAUUUCCCAAGAAGCACGAAGUUGCAAUAAACAUUAUGCAUUACCAUGA